AGAAAGAGGAAGGGAAAGCACGUAAAUCGUUAAGAGGUCGUUGAACCUGAUAAAUUAGGAAGUUCAUAGAUACAGCCGACUCUUUGUGAGAGCUCACACUUUGGAGAGUUCUACGAAAGCAAGAGAGAAAGAGACAAAAAAGAGGACGAUACCUUUAAAAAGAGAAACUGUUGGAAUCGCGAGAGUGUUCAUGAAGUACAGAAGAGGAAGAAGACAACGACGGAAACGAUUCGAAAGUUUCUGCCAGACUUUGCAAUGCUAUUGCUCUCAUACAACCGUGCACGGCUUGAAAUAUGUCUCGAAUAAAGAAUUAAGUUUCCUCGAAAGACUUUUCUGGCUGUUUAUAGUCGUUCUCUCGUCGAUUUUUGCCAUUGGAACGAUCUACAUGAUAGCCGAAGAAUUUCAGACUUAUCCAACGUCCUCGAGCAUAGAAUCGACGAAUUACAAAAUUUCUGGCAUACCAUUCCCAAGUGUGGUCAUUUGUCCGAACCAGCACAUCGAUUGGAAAACAGCGAUGGAUCUCGAGAAGAAAAUCUUCUCUAAUUCCACGAAAGAAAGCAGCGUCACGACCUUUCGCGAACUACUACAGAAACUAUCGAUCAUAAGUUUCGGAGACUUCGAUCUUCUGAUGUUCCUAAAGGAUCGAGAUCUUGACGAACUCGCUGAUAUCAACGUUACGAGAAUACUUCUGGAAACGAUACCAAAGUGUUCGGAUCUCCUUUCUCGUUGUUGGUGGCGAAACUCCUACCGUGACUGCUGUGAGAUCUUCGAGGUUCAAAAGACAGAGUACGGCUUUUGUUACUCCUUCAACUCGGAGUUGUCUGAAGAACGGAGAGAUCAAACUAAAGACAAGGAAACGCGACCGCGAAGAACAUCUGGUUACGGCGAAUGGAGUGGCGUUCAACUGACGAUGAAUUUGGAGAAUAUAAAUAAACCACCAAACUCCAAAGAAAUGGACGGUGGGUACGUGAUGAUACAAGGACCGAGAGUUUGGCCUAACAGCGGCACUAUGACACCAGUCGGCGUUGUUCUCAGCAUCGCCUUAGACUGCAUAUCGGGAUAUGCAACACAACGAGUCCUCGAGCUCGACGACGACAGGAUGCCGUGCAAAUACGACGAGAACGGACUCUACAACCAGCAAACCUGCAUAUCUUUUUGCAAGCGAGCUUACGCGGUCAAGUACUGCGGCUGCAACCCGUCCUUUCUAUUUCCAUCCACUACUAGCAUUCGUGAUUGCAAUAUCAAAGAUUUGAUUUGUCUUGCGGAAAAUAACGAUAUAUUCAAUUCGUAUUAUCUGCUGCAAGACAAACAAAUAGUCGAUGACAAACCAGGAAUGCUAUGCGAUUGUCCACCAGAAUGCGAAUAUUAUUUCUACAAACCACGGUUGACGGUAGUACCGAUAUCACGAAGCAAGGAUAUCGUCGUGGACAUACAUUUCGAGACGCAAACGAGCUUUCGAUAUAAGACCGACAUUGUCUUAACGAAACUCGACCUCCUUGUAUCCUUCGGUGGUAUUAUCGGCUUGUUCCUCGGAGGUUCUCUCCUAAGCGCGGUGGAGCUCAUUUACUAUCUUCUAGUUCUCCUGUAUUGUUGUGUUUCUUCCUGGUACAAGUCGGCUAAGCGAAAAGUUAACGUCCAAGGAGAGAGCGAAGCUGUGGUAACGGUAAUUCCAAGAUUACCUAUUCUGGAUUAUGGACCCCUGAAAUCGCAAUCGAGGAAGAUUCCGAAUCUACUCGUCUACGAUUACGCGAAGCAGAAACCCGACAGAUAUUGAAGCAAUCACGGUUACCAGCUUUACUCGGAAUAUCAUCACUUGCUUGGAUUUCAGACUUUUAAUAAAGAAAUUUUCUCCAAGUUGCUAUUAUCAUCGUUAUUAAUAAUGAAAGAAAUUAUUAAUAUACAUAUGUACGUACCGAAUACAAUUU